GGCGGCGGCGGCGGCGCGCGCGGCGCGGGAGCACGUGGGGUCCCCGGUCCCGCUCCCGGCCCCGCCAUGGAGGAGCCGCCGCCCGAGCAGCCCCCGCCGCCCCCAGCGGCCGGGGACACCGCGGCCGGCCCCGAGUGGAACAUCCCGCCCAACGCGCCCGCCUGCAUGGAGCGGCACCUGGAAGGCGCGCACUACCGCGCAGACGGGGCCCUGCUGCUGGGCGCCUCGGGGCUGAGCGGGCGGUGCUGGGCCGGCUCCCUUUGGGUUUUCGCCGACCCCCGCCGCGCCCCCAGCGAGGGCUUUUGCACCGCCGGCGUGCAGACCGAGGCGGGCGUCGCUGACCUCUGCUGGGUGGCGGACAGGGGCAUCCUGGUGGCCUCCGACUCCGGCGCCGUGGAGCUGUGGGAGCUGGACGAGAACGAAACCCUCAUCGUCAACAAGUUCUGUAAAUACGAGCACGACGACAUCGUGAUGGCGGUGGCCGUCCUGGCCGGCAGCGCCCAGGCUGUCAGCGGCGGCAGGGACUUCUGCGUGAAGGUCUGGGACCUCCCGCAGCAAACGGUGCUGCACUCCUACAGAGCUCACUCCGGUUCAGUGACAUGCAUGGCUUCCUGUCCUGGUAAGGACACUGUGUUCCUGUCCUGUGGUGAGGACAGCAGAACUUUACUCUGGGACACCAGAUGCCCCAAACCAGCUACUCGAAUUGUUUGCAGUGCCUGUAAUCACCUCCCUACCUCAGUCAUGUGGCAUCCACAGAAAAGUGACAUCUUUGCUUUGGGUGAUGAAAAUGGAACAGUUGCACUAGUAGACACAAAGAAUCCUGAUUCUGCCCUCAGCUCCACCGUGCAUGCCCGGAGUAUCACGGGGUUUGCAUUUUCUACACAUAGUUCACCCUUACUGGCUUCAAUCAGUGAAGACUGUUCAGUAGCUGUUCUUGACUCAGACCUUUCAGAGGUGUUCAGAAACCGUUCUCAUCGAGACUUUGUAAAAGGCUUAUCGUGGUCUCCUUCAGACAAUGCCUUGCUCACUACAGUUGGAUGGGACCAUCAGGUUUUGCAUCACACUGUCCCCAUACCAACUGGUGAAGCUUCUGGAGUCAACUGUGUAAAAGAAUAGUUUUAUAAACUCAUGGUCCAAAUUCCUUCCUGGCAUUACUUUGAUUCUGCUGAAGUCAAAGGUGUGUGAACUGGAAUGGGUACGGUCUGUUAGGUCUGCCUUGAAGCUUGUGACUAAGAAGGUUCCUGUAGUAAUUUUGAAGUAGGCAUAAGUUAGUUGAACCAAGCUUUACCCUCUCCUCAGGAGUUGGAUUCACCUGUGAUAAGACUUCAGUAUUUUACCCAGAAGAAGAUUGACUUCAGGCACAGAGGAGACUUGGGAAGAUGGGGAAUUAGGUAUAAUUAAAAAAAAAAAAAAAAAAACCAAACAAAACAAAACUCAAUUCCUCAGUUCUCUAACCCAUCCAUGGAAUUAAUAGAAAGAUUUUUUUCACAGGGAGGUCAAGAACAACACCUCCUGGUAGUUGAAUUAGAGAACCUCACCCUUGAGCAAAGUUCUUUGCUGUGUAAAUCACUUCUUGCAAGCAAAGGGGAAGACGUUUUCGCAGUUAAAGACUAGAAGGGUUCCACUGUUGUCCUUAACACAGCACGUGGUUUGAAGGGUUGGUCUCCGGUACCUGCUAGUGUGGAUCCUGGGGCGAGCCCUGGUUAUGCACCGGUACUGGGAUACCAGUGCUUGGUGGGAGGAGUCUUGUGUGCUGUGUGAUAAGGAUCCCAGCUGCAGCCCUGGGGAGAGGGCAGGACCCCUGCUGGGCCCAGCUCAGGGGCUGGUACCGUAGGGUGCUGAAAGCCAAGAGAAGGUAGCAGCUGCUGUGCUGCUUAACACCAUCUUUCAUCUCCUCUGUGCUGAAGACAACUUAUGCAAAGAUAAGACCUGUGAACAAAAGUUAAUGUACGGGAAAAACUGGACUAAGGACUUCAGUUUUCAUUUGCUUGCUCCUAUAAACAGACCGCUUAGUGAUAAAUGAGGCUUCUUACACACUUGCAAUCAGUGACUUUUUGUGCCGGCGACUGAGGGGACCAAGCCUUCCCAUGAUCCCCAAAACAGACUCCACAUAAUCCUUAGAGAUGUUUUUUGUAGUAUACCACGUACUUUUGAAACUAAACUGUUUCCCUAGAACAUAUUUAACAAAGAAUCAUUGCUCUGCAUGCAUUACCACUACUCUAGAAAUGGCUUGGUCUGGUCUAAUACUUCCUAAGACAGAAUAAAGCAGGUCCUGACUAAUGAAACAAAAAGUACUAUUGAAGUGAAUGCUACUCCUCUUUCUUUAGCAUGAUAGCAACACUAAGAUGUACACCACUUCCCGUGGGCUUAUCCCUGUAUAAACAUAGGUGUUAGUUGAUCCAAAUUAGGCAGAGCCCACAGUUGGUUUUUAGGCAGACUAAGCCUUCCCAUGCUCAGUACUUUUCUCAUACUUUUUAAACCUCAUUUGCUGCUUUAAUUCCCAUGUCAUACAGGGGUUUACAGAGCAGACUUCCUGAUCUAGAGCAGUAUGACAAGGAAAAAGUAAAUGAUUAUAAAAACUGACACAUUUCCUCUAAAAUACCCCUCAAACAACCAAAAGUUACCUGUUACAGACCUCUGACGGUGUACUGAAAACUGAAACAGGGCUUGUGCUGUUUGUGAAAGAGUUGUCUUGGAAAAAGUGGAAGACUUUUUAAAUAAAUCAUAGCUUUCAUUUGUAACUGGGUGUAAGUUUCACCAGGCCACUUCUGUAGUAUUGAAGAGCCAGCUGAGAUCACUCAUGCAGUUAAGUUGUGAUUUCAGUCCCUGAAAUUAAAAUCAUUCUUAAAUAAA